AUAUUUAUUCAUUAAUAUAAGUGGUAAAAGUAGUUUCAAGACUAAACCCAAACCAAAUCUUGUCGGCACACAGACCAGACCAGCAUUCAUCUUCAACAUAACACAACAUUAGUUUCUCAAAUCCUCUUUCUCUAUCUGCAAUGGAAUCACACACUACUAUCCCGAGCCACCACAAGGUCCACACAGAGCCAACAGAGUUCGAGAAGAAUCAGAAACGGUACCAAGACUUAAUUGCCACCUUUCCUCACACGAAAGGCUGGAAAGCGAAAAGUUCAAUGAUCGAGUAUGGUGGUCACUGGUUCGUACAACCUCAUCUCGAAGGUUGCCUUUACGCUCAAGAGUUCUUCCAAGCGCGAUCCAUUGACUUCUUCAUUUGUAGCUCCCCCAAGACAGGUACCACUUGGCUCAAGGCUCUAACUUUCGCCAUUGUCAAUCGAACUCGCUUCGAGGAUUCUUUAAACCCUCUCCUAAAACGUAACCCUCAUGAGCUUGUUCCUUACAUUGAGAGCGAAUUUACUUUCUUUCCUCAAGUUGAUGUUAUCAGAGACAAAACAAACACUCUGUUUUGCACUCAUAUCCCACACGGGUUACUACCAAAAUCUGUAGCCAAAUCGGGUUGUAAGAUGGUUUACAUAUGGAGAGACCCAAAGGACACUUUCAUCUCUAUGUGGACUUUCUUCCAAAACCAGAGGUUAGACUUUGGCCCUCUCACUACUCUUGAGGAGUCUUUUGAUAUGUUUUGUCAAGGUGUUUCUGUGUAUGGUCCUUAUCUAGACCAUGUUUUGGGGUAUUGGAAAGCUUACCAAGAGAAUCCAGAUCAUGUUUUGUUCCUCAAGUACGAGAAAAUGAGAGCUGAUCCAUUUCCGUAUGUGAAGAGAUUGGCUCAGUUUAUGGGGUAUGGAUUCACAGAAGAGGAAGAGAAGAGGGGUGUUGUUGAGAAAGUUGUGAAUAUGUCCAGUUUCGAGACGUUGAAGAAUCUUCAAGUGAACCAAGGGGAGAACAUCAGAGAGGAUAUUUCUCGUGUUCAUUUUUCUAACAGUGCCUUUUUCAGAAAGGGGAAGGUCGGAGAUUGGCACAACUAUCUGACUCAGGAUAUGGCAGCAAGAAUCGAUGCACUGAUGCAUGAGAAAUUUAAGGGCUCUGGUUUGCUUGAACAUGAUAUAUGAUCGGGUCUGUAUUCAGGGCAAUGACUCAUCCUUCUAUGCCUUCGUUUUCUCAGUUUUAACUAUAUGGGUUAAGUUAUUAAUUGGUAAGAAUAAAUCUCGUUUCUGCUUUGUCCAAAUGUACUGCUUUAAUAAACAAACUACUUUGGUUUUGUAUC